AUGGCCGCCUCCAAGUGCCCCGGCGGGGAGGAGGAGACCACCAUCCUCAUGGCCAAGGAAGAGCUGGAGGCCCUGCGCAGCGCGUUCGAGUCCGGGGACAUCCCGCAGGCCGCGUCCCGCCUGCGGGAGCUGCUGGCCACGACGGAGAGCUCCCGCCUGGAGGUGGGCGUGACGGGCGAGUCGGGCGCCGGCAAGUCGUCGCUCAUCAACGCGCUGCGGGGCCUGAGCGCCGAGGACCCGGGCGCCGCGCUCACGGGCGUCGUGGAGACCACGAUGCAGCCGUCGUCCUACCCGCACCCGCAGUUCCCCGACGUGACGCUGUGGGACCUGCCGGGCGCCGGCUGCCCGGGCUGCCCCGCCGACAAGUACCUGAAGCAGGUGGACUUCGGCCGCUACGACUUCUUCCUGCUGGUGUCGCCGCGCCGCUGCGGCGCCGUGGAGACGCGCCUGGCCACCGAGAUCCUGCGCCAGGGCAAGAAGUUCUACUUCGUGCGCACCAAGGUGGACGAGGACCUGGCGGCCACGCGCAGCCAGCGGCCGUCGGGCUUCAGCGAGGCGGCGGUGCUGCAGGAGAUCCGCGAGCACUGCGCCGAGCGGCUGCGCGCCGCCGCGGGCCUGGCCGAGCCGCGCAUCUUCCUCGUGUCCAACCUGUGGCCGGGCCGCUUCGACUUCCCGCUGCUGCUGGCCACCUGGGAGCGCGACCUGCCGGCGCACCGGCGCCACGCGGGGCUGCUGUCGCUGCCGGACAUCUCGCUGGAGGCGCUGCAGCGCAAGAAGGACAUGCUGCAGGAGCAGGUGCUCAAGACGGCGCUGGUGUCCGGCGUCAUCCAGGCGCUGCCCGUGCCCGGCCUGGCCGCCGCCUACGACGACGCGCUGCUCAUCCGCUCGCUGCGCGGCUACCACCGCAGCUUCGGCCUGGACGAGGACUCGCUGGCCAAGCUGGCCGAGCAGGUGGGCAAGCAGGCGGGCGACCUGCGCUCCGUCAUCCGCUCGCCGCUGGCCAGCGAGGUGUCCCCCGAGGCCGUGCUGCGGCUCUACUCGCAGUCGUCGGACGGCGCCAUGCGCGUGGCGCGCGCCUUCGAGCGGGGCAUCCCCGUGUUCGGCACGCUGGUGGCCGGCGGCAUCAGCUUCGGCACCGUCUACACCAUGCUGCAGGGCUGCCUCAACGAGAUGGCGGAGGACGCGCAGCGCGUGCGCAUCAAGGCGCUGGAGGACGAGGAGGAGGAGGACGAGGAGGCGGCGGCGGCGCCUGGAGGCAGCGGCGGCGGCGGCGGGCUCAGCCUGGAGGCCGCGGGCGACGGCGGCGCGGAGAAGGGCGGGGCCCCCGGGGAGGGCGGCGGCGAGGACGCCCCGCUGUCCACCCGCCGCAAGCUGGGCCUCCUGCUCAAGUACAUCCUGGACAGCUGGAAGAGGCGCGACCUGGAGGAGAAGUGA